AUGGACUCUACGUAUUACAGACCGGCCAAUGUGUUUCGGCAGCCGGCCAUUAUUGUGAAGAAGAGCUCCUCGAGAUGCGGAAUGAUUGAUACUUCGGGAUACCAUAAGAAAUCUUGGCAAAAUGAUGCCUCUCGACUUGGUUCACCGCUUUUGAGGAAAGCCUCUGAUGAUUUCAACGACUAUUAUACCACCAAGAAGCUUGAAUCGCAGUAUUGGAAGGUCAAUGUUGACAAGAGAUCUACUUCGCUCCCCACGGGGCUGUCAGUGGUCGACGAUACACUAUUGGUCUCCAAUAUGGACUCUAAGGAUAACUUGAAAUUACUCAAGAUACAACAGGAUGAAUCAACACCCAGAUUACAUGAGAUUCAAACUAUUUCAGUGCCUGGUACUCCAAUAAUGAGUACCACAUUACUUCCACAGCGCGAUUGUGACGCAAGUUACUAUGAUGGUCAUGAUCAACUGAUGCUAACAGGUCACCAAGAUGGGGUUAUCAACUUAAUCUCGACCUCUAUGGAUUAUGGAGAUGCAAAGGUUGUCAAGCGAUACAAGAAUGGGAAAUUCCUGAGUCGCCAGGAUCCUCCAAAUUUGGACAACUGGUUACAAUCAUUUACGUCCUUGCCUGUUCGGAAUUUGAAGCCAUGGCACCAAAGAGGCUUUGUAUCACUUGUGAAUGAUUCCUUGUUCAUCUACGAUAUCAACGGUUCAAGAACUCCUCAAUACUUACAAAGCUUUGCGGGUAUUGAAUCAUUUGCAAUUAACAAAAAUCCCUAUCUCUUGUCCCUGUGUGGAUCGCAGUUCGGUAAGAGUGGUAUUGCGUUACUAGACCUGAGAUGUGACCAAAAAAAUGCUGGUAAUUUGUACAUCCCAGAUUCCCAGGUCACAUCUUCUCGCCUUUCAUCGCAACAAAUUUCUUCGUAUGAUUGUGUGUGGCUCGAUGAAUUCCACUUGGCAAAUUGCGUCAAUGAUACCGUGAAACUCUGGGAUAUAAGGUCAACUGGGGGUGAAGCCAAGUGUGAUAUAGUGCCCAUGAAAGGCUGCGUUCAGUCAUUGAGUUAUCACGAAGAGUCAAAAACGCUUUACACCAGUGAUGACCAAGGAAUUAUUAUCUCUUGGGACAUGAAACGUAUUGACAACAUGAAAAAGGCAACGUUGGCACAAGGGUUCAGCUCAAUCAUUGUUCAAAACCAGGAAUCGUUACACGAAGUAAGUCAAUGCGGAAAUAUCGUUGUAAAUGGUGAUAGUAUGCACAAACAAUACCCCAAAAGUUGCGUCCAUGGAUCUGUUUUCAUGGAUACCCUAUCUAAUGGCUCGUUAGUAACAUUGGACUCUCGAGAACUGGGCAUGCACCGCAUACGUGACGUCAAAUGCAUAACAUCAACAGCUUCAGGCAAUGACGGAAAUGAAGAGAGUACAGAUGCAAAUGUACGGCUCGUUAAUCCAGAGGACAGACCUAUCCAUGAUUCAGACUCUGCGUUAUCUUCCAAUGAGCUAUCAUCGUUUUCCAUGCACUCAGAUUGCUCAUCAGAGCAUACCUCGCAUUCGGAAAAUGAAGAUGAACAUCUAACUUACAACAAGCAUUAUCAUCAUGACUCCCAUAGGAGCAUCUAUACCCUCAACGAUAUGAGUGGGUCUACAAUAUAUCACUGA